UGGACGGCGCGGGACCUGGGGGCCCGGGGCCCGGUGCAGGUGGGCGCCGCGGCCCCUACGCGUUUCCUCGCCUUACGUAACAGAGCGGCGUGCGCCGGGUGAUGAGCGCGGCCGGCCCGGGUGGGAGAUACCUGGGUCCACACCGCGCGUGCCGCCCCAGGCUCCAUCCAGUGUUGGGUGUCCGCCCGGCCGUGGCGGGCGGACCCGGCUCGCUCCCCGCUGCUAACCCCGGCUCCCUCGCGUCCUUGCUUUCUCCUUGCAGCGGCCCCAGCCCCCCGCCCUCCGCUGCGUCCAGCCCCUGCCUGGGGCUCCUUCCUAGGACCCCUCUCCCCGUGCUUUCCCCUUCCGGUACCCCGGACCUGGAGCCAGGGACGUGAAGGAAGGGAUCGUACAGCCUGGGCUGAAAAUGAAUGAACCGAGCGAGCGAGCCAUGCCGCGAUCAAGUUUCUGUUGCGCGGAGGCGCCUUACUGACGCGCUCACUUUCCCGCUCGCGCUGUCUGGAGUCAGGGCGCACACACCAGGAAACAUCUCAGCGUGCAGAACCCGUGGGGGGCUCCUCCCCAGGAAAACUUAUUCUCUGGGUCUGGGAAGCCUCCGGUGGACGGAGCCCCCUCCCUCCGCCAGUCCUGUAGAAAACCCCCCACAGGAGUUUCUGGAGGCGGCCGGUGUCAGGAGGCGGUUGGUGUCACCUUGCGAGGUGCACUGAGGCGGUGCAGUACCCACCGGCCUCUUCCUUGUGGCCAGGCUGUGGCCGGCGGGGGGGGGGGCGCUCUCUGCCUUGCACCUCGGGUCUGCGCCUCUGAAACGCCAGCCCAGCCUUUCCGGAGCGGGACCGGGCAGCCUGGGGCCUGGGCGGGGCGCGGGGCACACCCCCGCAGGCGGCGUGGUGGAGGGUUGCUGCGGAUCCGGCCCGACUGAGGGUUCAGCCUCCUGCGCCCUGGCGGCCAUGACCCUCGUCCCGAGGCGCCCCCGCCCGACCCGCGCGCGCCCUCUGUGGUUCCCUAGCCGGAGGCUGGGGGCGCAUGGCCCUUGGCGGCCGCAUUCAGGCGGAACCUGCCUGGGGCGGCGCGGGCCGGGCCGGGCUUCUGGGGACCCGGGAGGGCUCGCCGGCCGGGCGGGGCAGGGUUGGUACCUGGAGCCGGGGCACCCGAAGCGGCUACAGUCGCGUUGCAUGAAGGAGGCAUGGGAGAGGCGCGGCCUUUGGGAAGCCUACCUUCUGGGCCGUACCGCUCGCUGAGAUCCCUGCCUAUGCAUCUUGUCCUCCCGCGGAGGGGCGACCCUGGCCCCCGGCGUGGCUGUGACCCCAGCGGCCGUUGUCGCCCGGAAGAAGUCGUUCCUGUUUUCCGCUCUGUAUGCUGCCUUUAUAUUUGGUGGUCGGCACCUAAUGAACAAACGGGCGAAGUUUGAACUGAGGAAGCCGCUAGUGCUCUGGUCUCUGACCCUCGCAGUCUUCAGUAUAUUCGGUGCUCUUCGAACUGGUGCUUACAUGUUGUACAUUCUGAUGACCAAAGGCCUGAAGCAGUCGGUCUGUGACCAGAGUUUUUACAACGGGCCCGUCAGCAAAUUCUGGGCUUACGCAUUUGUGCUAAGCAAAGCGCCAGAACUAGGAGACACGAUCUUCAUCAUCCUGCGGAAGCAGAAGCUGAUCUUCCUGCACUGGUACCACCACAUCACUGUGCUGCUGUACUCCUGGUACUCCUACAAGGACAUGGUGGCCGGGGGCGGCUGGUUCAUGACCAUGAACUACGGCGUGCACGCGGUCAUGUACUCCUACUACGCGCUGCGGGCCGCGGGCUUCCGCGUGUCCCGCAAGUGCGCCAUGUUCAUCACGCUCUCCCAGAUCACACAGAUGCUGAUGGGCUGUGUCAUCAACUACCUGGUCUUCUACUGGAUGCAGCAGGACCAAUGUCACUCUCACUUCCAGAACAUCUUCUGGUCCUCGCUCAUGUACCUCAGCUACCUUGUGCUCUUCUGCCGUUUCUUCUUCGAGGCCUACAUUGGCAAAAUGAGGAAGACGGCCAAGGCCGAAUAGUGUCGGAACUGAGGAGCAAGCCACAGCUCAGGGUCACCACGAAAACUAACAGACAAAAGAAAAUGGCACAAGGAAUCCCACAUGGUGCAGCUACAACACCACACCACACAGCAACACACGAGCAGACACGAACCCCAGGCAGCUUAGGAUAGUUAGGCUGACUUACCCACUAAGUUUAUGAUCCUUCACGGGUGAGGACUUGCUGCGUGCAUCUCCAUCUCAAAGCUCCACUGCUGGAAGACCCCACCCCGUCCCUCACCUGCCCACUCAAUGAUGACACAGUGAUCCUCGGCCCAGAGAUGCAGAGAGAGCAGGCGCAGGCAGUUAGGGCUCGCUGGCGGGAAAAGGUACCUGUGUCGCAUUCCUAGCUCUGCGAGCACCCUUGAGCGUGCACACAUAUGCACGCGCGCACACACACACAAUCCUUUCUAACCCUUUCCAACACAAAACUGGAGCCAGAAAAGGUAGUAACACGAGAGACACAGGGUCUGUAUCUAGAACAAUAAUGCUUUUGCAGAAAUUCAUGCCUUUUGCAGAAAGGUUAGCUACUGUAGCUCCAUGAAAGAUGUCUUAAUCAUUUUUUAUUUCCACUAGAAAAGAGAUGGAUGCUUCCCCCUUCACUGCACAGCCGCGGGCUGGUGAGUUUGCCAAAACCACAAGGGUUCAGUGCUUUUCUGGGGCGCCCAGACCCAUGCCAGGGUAUGCCCACGGUCUCCACUCUGAAGAGGCAGGAGGCAUUUCCUCGCCCCAGACUCGAAUGCAAGAGCAACUGCAGAAAGGAGAAGGUGAGAGCACCUCAGUGGCCUGCCGUGGAGCCCCACUCCCUGCUGCAAGCUCGCCGUGCUCUGGCUGCAAGAGGACGGAGACCUCCAGGACACAGCUGGGGCAUUUUGUGCCCUUCCGUCACUUCAAACAGGGUUCCGCCUCCGGAUGAAGCUUUGUGGUCCGAGUUUAAAAGCUUGCGGGGGGGGGGGGGGGGGUUAGGAGCUCUGCCAGGGUCGGUAAAGACACCGUUUCCCCAACAUCUGCCUGGACUCCCCACACAAUGCUGCGGUGUCCAGAGCGCCCUCUGGUGGCUUCGGGGGGGAGACUGCAACCCACCUACGUCCCUGUCGACCAUAGAUGAAUCCUUCAAGUUUUAAACGCUAUCAAACAUCCAUCCUAUCUUUGGCCAAAUAUGAAGACAUCUUUCCUGCUUCAAGUGAGCGUCAAGAAAAAUUUUUAAAAGGGACUUUUGCUCUGGAACUCAGAAAAUCAAUUUAUUAAGAGCCAUAUUCUUUUAAAAAAAUGCUAGAUUAUAUUAUCUAUAAUAUUUCAGGCCUCUACAAGCCAAAUAAAUGUGUCAAUGUUACUAGUAUUUCAAAGAAGCAAUUAUGUAAAGUUGUUCAAUGUGAUAUAAUAGUAUUAUAAUUGGUUAAGUAGCUUAAUGAUUAGGCAACUAGGUGAAAAGAUUAGGGGCUACUACACUGCAUAGAUUACACACGAGUAACCACACAUACACACACACAGGUGGAGUUCAGUGAACCCUAAAGCCUAAAUGAAUAGGAAUACAUUUUCUGGCUAGCAGAAACUUUUAUCUUUCUUGCUUUAUUUUGGGAGUGUACAGUAAAAGGGAUUUUUCAAAUUAUUUUUAUAUUAUUUUAGCUUUAAUUGUGUUGUCAUUCAUGAAACAGUAGCUCUGCUUCUCUGUCAGAGAUGGCAAGAGCUUUCUCAGCAUCUUGUUUCUGUGUGGAAUCUAAAAAGAAUAAAGUUUUAUUCCAUUCUGUGUGAAUGGCCUGAGCUGUGCACAGGGAAUCCACGUAAAGCAAAAGGAGGCCAGGGAGGGCCAGGGCUGCAGGGGAGAAGCAGCUCCAUCCAGGCGAUGGGUGCCUCUGUGGGACCCCAAUGUGGGCUCCCAGCAGGGAUGCAAUUGGCCCAGAGAUGUAGUAUCGUUGGGGCAAAGUUUGGACCUGCAGUGCAAAGAUUGGUCCUGCUACGACCAAAAGACUAUUAGAUCACGAUGUUUCUUGGAGCUUCACAGCUGCCUGAUACUGUAUAAUAAGCCUUUUUCUUCCCCUUUAUUGCAGGAAGUGGACAGAAUAAUUAAAAUGAAGAAAAGGCCGCAUAUCAGUUGGCUUGAGUUAAUAGAAGGAUCAGUUAGAGGCUCAUCUGGGUGAUUUAAUUUAAUUAUUUGAUAUGGUGAUUUAUCAUGGGACGCAGGUUAAAGCGAGAUCAGCAGAAACCAUAAAAAGACUCCAAAAUGAUGCUUCCAAAGCACUUUCAUCUUGGUAUUAGGUUCAUGCUUGUGUUCAUUUGUUAAGUAAUUUAGAAUUUUUGUUUACAGAUUGAAUGUCUAGUAGUUUUUAUCCAGCUAUCUAUAUCUAAAGGCAUUUCUGAUGCUUAUCAUGGGAAGAAAGCCACACAUUUUUUAAAAAGUCUAGGAUUGCAGGUUCUGUACACUGUUUUUAAUGUCUCGGCUUUCUGCUUUAAUUCUAUGAAGAUCUGAGGCUAGAUCCCUGGCCCAUGACCAAUCUGAAACCUGCCAGAGAACCGACUGCCAAAUAGAGAAUCCUGUUGUCUGUUAACAUUCCAGAAAACCUUGGGCAGGCAACUUUUUAUAGCUGCCCCACUAUGCUGCAAUAGAUUGUCUUUCUAUUAAAGAUUUUCCACUGCAUUCCAGCCCCAGUGCAGUGAAAGCAUCAUUCCUGGAUCAAAUACAAAAUCCUUGAUUUCCUAUAUACAUAUAUAUAUAUAACGUUUCAUGCACUCUGGGCUUAAACUCAAAUGCAUGAGUUUGCAAAGAAAUCCUAAGUGAGACAUGCCCUGUUCAUGCAGCAGGGGACUUUAUAUCUGGGCCAGCUAGUGUUGCCUAUCAGAAAAGAACAACUAUUAUAAUUUAUUUAUUGUAUUUAUAUCCAAUGCUAGGCCAAAGUACCAAAUUGAAAUCAUAGAUUAAGGUUACUAUUCCAGGUAAUUUAUUCCCACUUUUUUCUAAUCAUAUGCACUACAAAACUGGGUUUGGGGCGACUACAUGUUUGUGUGUUGUGUGAGGAGAAAGAGGCUGUCUCUGUCCACCUAGAAAGGCCCGUUUGUCCAGUGACUGAUAGCUUGGCUUAGUUGGAAACCUUGAAUAUAAAAACAUUAGGAACCUGAAAGAACCCUGGAGGAGGCAGACUCAGAUUGCCUGUGUAAUGGGCCGUGGUACCCUGUGGUAGCACAGAGUCUGCGCAUCCGAGAAACAAAGCUUCUGAAGAUUACACUGGAGUCAAAGGCUCCAAAAGUCCAGGUGUACCCCCAGAGUACUGAGUUACCCGGGAAAGGCAAGUUCUCAGGCUGUUUUCUUUUCUCUUAGAACAAGCUCUAUCCCGAGACAGUGUGUGUCCAGUGAAUCAGCUACAGCACAUACCGAGGGGUCUUUUACCCCCAAGUUUGGACAGUGUUCUUACAGCGUCUUUGGGUUGACCAAAAGCUGCUUCCAGGGACCUGCCAGGAUCAUGGAGGAAAGCAGAUGGACUCCACCUCCCAGAGCUCAGAGCCUUUGAGUUGUGUGACCACGGUCCCUACUGGUCUCACUUAGACGCGCCCUGAAGAGUGACACAGCACACCAUGAUGCCAGUCCAAAACUUUGCAGUAGUCCGGUGUAUCUUUCCCCAAUCUUUCUGUCUUUGGUAAUAAAUAUUUUGCUAUUCACAUGG